UCACUUGGAAUUCGAAGCGAUCGGAAUGUGGCGCACUGGAAUCGUACAACAGGCGGCUCGUCAGGAUUUGAGGCGUGUUUUUGGCCGCAAUAAAAGCCACACCGCAGGUUCAGCGCCCAUCCUUCCCAAGUCCGCUGAUGUGGUUGUGAUUGGUGGCGGGUCAGCUGGUUGCCACACGCUCUACCAUCUGGCCAAGCGGGGCGUGAAUGCAGUGCUCCUGGAGCGAGCUCAACUUACAGCGGGCACCACAUGGCAUACGGCAGGUCUGCUCUGGCGUCUGCGUCCCAGCGAUGUGGAUAUUCAGCUGUUGGCCAAUUCGCGGAAUAUGCUGAAACAGCUGGAGGCAGAGACGGGCUUGGAUCCGGGCUGGAUACAGAACGGUGGCAUCUUCAUAGCGCAUAAUGAGACACGUCUGGAUGAGUAUCGUCGAUUGGCAACGGUUGGCGCUGCACUGGGCAUUGAGAACGAGAUAUUAACGCCGGAGGAGACACAGAAACUCUUUCCGCUGCUCGAUCCAAAGGCAUUCGUUGGAGCACUCUACUCACCUGGUGAUGGCGUCAUGGAUCCAGCUAUGCUUUGCACAGCUUUAAAGCGCGCGGCAACCCACAAUGGCGCUCAGGUUGUAGAGAACUGCGAUGUCCAGGAGAUUCUCGUCGAGGAGGGUACGCGUGGUGCUAAAAAGGUUGUGGGCGUGUCAACGCCUUUCGGUAAUAUACUCACCGACACGGUGGUGAAUGCAACGGGUGUGUGGGGUCGUGAUCUGGUGGCAAGACAUGGCACCCAUCUGCCCCUGUUGCCCAUGAAGCAUGCGUAUAUUGUCUCCGAAUCGAUACCGGGUGUCCGUGGUCUGCCCAACAUAAGGGAUCACGAUUAUUCCACUUAUUUCCGGAUACAGGGUGAUGCUAUCUGCAUGGGUGGCUAUGAGCCGAAUCCCAUACUGCUCGAUUCGGUGGCAAAGGACUUUCAUUUUGGUUUGUAUGAGCUGGAUUGGUCGGUGUUCGAGACGCAUGUGGCGGGUGCCCAGAAAUUGUGUCCCGCUUAUGCCAAGUACGGUGUGAAGAGCACCGUGUGUGGCCCGGAGUCCUUUACGCCGGACCACAAACCGCUCAUGGGUCCAGAUCCGAUGGUGCAGGGUCUAAUGCACAAUUGUGGCUUCAACUCGGCGGGCAUGAUGUUCGGUGGCGGAUGUGGUGAACAAACAGCGCUGUGGAUCAUUAAUGGGCAGCCGGAUUUGCCCAUGUUCAGUUUUGAUCUGCGAAGAUUCACUCAGGAACAGGGUCGAUCCAUCAAGUGGAUACAGGAGAAGUCGCACGAGAGCUACGUGAAGAACUAUAGCAUGGUGUUCAAGUACGAUCAACCGUUGGCCGGACGAGAUUUCCAAAAGGAUCCCCUGCACGAACAGAUGCUGCAGGCGAACGCCUUUAUGGAGGAGAAACAGGGCUGGGAGCGACCCGGUUUCUUCCUCGGCUCGAGCGUAGACUCUGCUGGAGUGUUACCCUACGACUGGUAUGGCAGCUAUGAAAAUCAACGGCACAAGGACAGCAACUACGAACGCAUCCUGGAGGGUGAUCUUAAAUACAGCACUUUCUCCGAACAUCAUGAUCUGAUUGGUGCCGAGGCCCUGGCCUGUCGCAACAAUGCCGUUGUCUUCAACAUGAGCUAUUUCGCCAAGCUGCUGCUCACAGGUCCUCAGGCCAAGCAAGCUGCCAACUGGCUCUUCUCGGCCAACACAAAUCGUGAUCCCACCAAAACUGUCUACACUUGUGCCUUGAAUGAUGCUGGUGGCGUUGAGGCGGACGUGACAAUCAGUCGCUUGGCAUCUGGUUCCGGUCAGGUGCACGAUCCCAAGUUCGAGGGUCAGGGCUACUAUAUUGUGGCUGGAGGUGCCUCGGCCUAUUACACAUACAGCCUGCUCCUCAGCGAGAUACGGCGCAAGGGCUUUAAUGUCAAUUUAACAGAUGUCACUGCUGAUCUGGGCGUCAUAUCCAUUCAGGGACCCAAUAGCCGAAAUAUUUUGCAACCGCUCCUCGACUGUGAACUCUCCGAUGAGUAUGUGGCGCCCAAUAGCACCCGAUUGGCCAGUUGCAAUGGGGUUGGAGUCCGACUGCUGCGUGUCAGCUUUGUCGGUGAACUGGGCUAUGAACUGCAUGUGCCCAAGGAGCAUUGUGCUACUGUCUACAAAGCUCUGAUGGCUGCUGGUGCGGCACAGGAUCUGCGAAAUGCUGGCUACCGGGCACUGUAUGCGCUCAGUAGCGAGAAGGGCUAUCAUUUGUGGAGCUUCGAUCUGAGAUCGGAUGAUACUCCCUUUGAGGCUGGACUCGGCUUCACGUGCCGCAAGACGGGCGACUAUCGCGGACGUGCCGCUGUGGAUCACCAGCGUACGCACGGCAUCAAGAAGCGCAUGGUAUACCUCACUCUGCAGGAGCAGAUGCCCAUUUGGGGCCUCGAGGGUGUCUAUCGCAAUGGUGAGCCUGUGGGCGUGCUGCGACGAGCCGAAUACGCUUACACUCUAGGCAAAUCUCUCGGUCAGGCGUAUAUCUCGCGGCCCGAUGGCCAAAACGUCGAUGUGGGCUAUCUGAAGGCAGGUGACUAUGAAGUGGCUAUUCUGGGCAAACGCUACAAGGCCGAUUGCCAUUUGCGCAGCCCCUUCGAUCCCACGGGUCAAAGGGCACUCGGAAAUUACGAGUCCAUCAAUAUAAAUAAAUAAUAAUUGAACUAAAAUGCUUUAUGCUAAAACAAUGAAGUUUUACUAUCGAUUUUGGGGAACACUUUCUGAACUUAAGAUAACAUUUUCUGAGAUCUGAUUGAAUGUGAAAGUGUAGAAGUGACAAUAUAUCAAUAUAUAUAUGUAUAUAAAUGA